AGAGUUUAUGCGCUAUAGAUUUACGCAUCCAGUUUAAGUAAAAAAAUCUCACAGGUGUGUUAUUCUGUAAAUAAUGUGAAUCAAACAGUUGUAUUUUAAUAUUAUAGUUUAUUGGCAAAUACUAGCAGAGUUGACGCUGUUUUUGUAGCAGAAGUGUUAUUGCUGAUGCUUGCAUUCUGCUAUCAGUUUGUUUAUGACGUCAAAGCAGCUCAGCUUUGUGCAUUAAACACUGAGCAACAAGGUCUGACCUCCAGAUAACCCAUUACACUGGUAGAAAACUCAGAAUGAACACAGCAGUUAAUAAACACAAACAUUCCCCCACUGUACUGCUUGCUGUUCUUGUUAAUACCAGUUGUGUUUUAAAAGCAUCAUAUAAGUUUAGUUUCGGGGUGAUUCUUGCUUGCAGAAUUUGAAGUCUGCUGAUGCUACAGUUCAUAAAUAUAGGGCACACAAAUAGAGGCAGGGGUGAGGAAUUAAAACUAAGCAGGCGUAGAGAUCUACCGCCCUUUUUUCUAGCAGCACUUUGCAGCCUUUCUUAGAACAGCCUGAUUAAGUUAGUCAUCAAAGUGCCUUCCUUUAAAUAAAAUAAAGUGCGGUUAUUAUCUGGUUAUGCUUUCGGCAGGGUAUUUGGAAUAUAAAUUUAUGAUAAUUUCUAGGUUUAAAAAAAAAACCAGACAGCUGAGAGUUAAAGUUCUCAAUAUCUGAAUUCUUAAACCAGCAGUCAAUAACUAAACCCAGUUUCCUGCGUUUACCAUUGAGACAAAAAGCACUUGAAUUUUGAGGUACGUGGGCAUGGGAAAGGUUGGUGUGCAUGCAUUCUUAUUAUUUGUUUAUUUAGCAGACGCCUUUAUCCAAGGCGGCUUACGUAGACGACCCCCUCAGGUAGGGGCACCCUCCUUCAACCCCGAGUCCCACGCCCCACAGUCCGCAGACAUGAGGGGUCUCUGGAGUGCGGUCCUGCUGUUCCCGCUGCGUUUGGUCUUGCACUUGGCUUCGCUGUCGUACUGGACACUGGUCUACGGCACCUCCGCUCUGACUGCUGGCCUGGUUCUCCCCGUGCUGGCCUGGAGAGCCGUCUGGAGCCCUCGCAGGACCCUCUACUGGAGAGUGAGGCAGGAGCGGCCAGCUUGCUUGCAAGAACCCUGUCUGGGAGAGCACUGCUACGUCAGGGCGAAGAGCUCUGGGCUGCGCUUGCACUACGUGACGGCUGGAGACACAACCAAACCCCUCAUGCUGCUGCUGCAUGGAUUCCCUGAGAUCUGGUACUCCUGGCGCUACCAGCUGCGCCAGUUCAAGAGUGACUUCCAGACUGUGGCCCUGGACCUGCGAGGCUACGGGGACUCUGACACCCCCUCUGGACGGGAGGACUACAAGCUGGACAAGCUGCUCGGAGACGUGAAGGACAUCAUUGAAGCUCUGGGGUACAGGAGCUGCGUUCUGGUGGGUCACGACUGGGGGGGCACCCUGGCCUGGCACUUCGCCAUCAACCAGCCCAAGAUGGUGCGCAGACUCAUCGUGAUGAGCGCACCCCACCCCUCCUUCUGGCAGGAGUAUGUUUUCCGGCAUCCCACUCUCCUGAUGAAGUGCAGCCACCUGUUCUUCUUCCAGACCCCCUUCCUCCCGGAGCUGGCACUCAGGCUGGGGGACUGCGAGGUUGUGCGGAGGUUGCUGGUGGGCCAGCGGGUCGGGAUUCAGAAUCAGGCUCAGCGCCUCACAGAGCAGGAAAUGGAGGCUUACCUAUACAGCCUGUCCCAGCCCGGGGGGCUUACUGGACCACUGCACCACUACCGCAACCUCUUCAGCAGCGCCCCUUUGAGGUGCCAGGAUGUGAACGUCCCCACUCUAUUGAUCUGGGGAGAAAGGGACGCACUGCUGGGGCAGGAUCUCGCCCAGUGGUCAGGCUCUUACGUGAGGAGCACCUUCAGCCUGAGAGUGGUCUCGGGUUCGAGUCACUGGGUCCAGCAGGACCAGCCCGAUGCUGUCAACAAACUGAUGCAGGCGUUCCUCCAGGAGAACAGAUGAUGGCAACACCAACCACAAGGGGGCACUGUGUGGGAAACACACAACCUUUACUGUGGGGCAGCUGCUUCUGUUUUUUUUUUUUUUUUUUUUUUUUAGGUUAUCUGGUUUUUAGAUUUUGGGGGUCUGGGAAAGAACUGCGAACGUGCCUUAAAUUGUGUUUAUCCAUAAUCUGGAACACAGAUUGGAAGAUCUAAUAAGUGGUUGUAAAUGUGAUUGAUAAAUGCUGUCAGAGAAGGUUUAAGUACGACAGAAUCUCCCAGCGAUUCUGAAAUACAGGCUGAGAGAGAGAGAGAGAGAGACAUUUUUCUGAAAGAAUGCAUGGAGGACUGUCUAAUUUGAUCUAUUUUAUUGAUUUUUUUCAAAUGGGAGACUUGAAGAUCGUACAGUUAUUUUUAAAUGUUAUUAUAUGAA